CCAUCUUCUUCGUUAUUGACCACCCACCAUCGACCAUCAUCCAUCGAUCCAUCAUCUUUUGACCAUUCAUCAUCUUUCGGCAACCUGCCACACAGCGUUCCAGAUGCACAAUUACUCUUCUGAAUGCUUGAGGUGCCUAGGAUGGAGAUCAACAAGUACUCUUCGUCCGAUCGAUACAUCUCAGUCCAGCGACUCCGCCAAAUCAUCACCUCACUUACGACCAAACAUCGAGGGUUCAACUCGCCUAGCCCCGGAGAGACUCAUGGUGAUUGCGGACCACACCAGUGACGAAGACCUGCCAAAUCUACGCGGAACGUCCGCUGCUUUCGAGUAUAUUGUCAGACCUCGAUUACUCGAGCGCAAGUCCACCGACUACUACUAUCCCGCGUCAAACUUGGGACUGGAACGCCUCAUCGAGAUUGCCGACCAUGACGACGGCUCAGCAAACAUCCAAAACUGUAUCGGCAUUUGUGAGGACGAUAUCGAAAGCAGAAAGCCAUAUGUCGGAGAGCUUUCUCAUUGGGGUCCCCGUAUAGACGGUAAUCUAUUGCACGAAGCAUUUCAGAAAGUUGCGGUCCCCAUGGGAGCUCGCAAUUUUGGCAUACUUUUGAUCGAUGACAGAAACAAGCGCCGGCGGAACGAGGCAGCCGUACAAUACGGAUUGAAGAUUUUCGAACUCUGCGACCCGAGCCAAUUCACGGUCGAUGUGCGAUACUCGAAGGCCAUGGAAACAGACGUGCAGCAGUCGGACGACAUCAAAAGAGUGGACGCUACGCUGGGACACCGCCUUCUUAUGUUGAAAGACAAAUGCGAUCACAGCUGCAAGUUCCUGGUCCGCUUCUUGCAUGAGCAUGCAAGGAACGGUCCGUCAUCUCAAGUCACAGUGAGAUUUGACACUCAGACUAGCCACACGCUCAAAUGCAUCGACACGCACCGCAUCCUUUCUUUGGCCAAGGCACUUACUGGCGAGAACAGUCUCGCAGAGAUCAACUUCUCUCAAUGCGAGUUCCCGGCACCAGACAGCGAUACCUCACUACACUCGAUUAUCGCACGGCAGUCAAAGUGCCUCAGACGCCUGACCAUCCAGAAUGCUUCUGCUCGCUCGGAUUGGGCACGCGAGAAGCUCCUGGACAGCAUCGCGUCAUGCGACCACCUUGAAUUCUGUCACCUCUACAACCUUACAAGCUCUGACGAUGGCGCCGGGGAGUUCAAGGGUGAGUUCGAAUUCAAAGGAAGAGAUAACAUCAGAUCUGCUCUGCCGAACAUGAAGUGGACGAGAAGGGCACAGAAAGUUUGACUAUAGUUGUUAGGCACGGAGGACAUUCGGGGGAGGUAUGCGCAUGGAGCUCAUAGAAAGGAAUUUAGGACAUUACUGCAGCAGGGAUCAACCAGGGACAUCGAAGUAGCGCAUCAACAUCAGUAGAGGUAUAUCAGAGAAUGAACUCCCGUAUUUCGUGUAUCGCUCCUAUGAUUACUGUAGAAAGGCAGGACUUUUACAAACCAGCCGAGACAAUCCACCAAGGGGACGCCUUG